AUGGAUGGCAAUACUUCACUGAAGUGUGUUGAUGGAUCUGGCCAUGCAGAUGAACAAGUUUUUCCAUCAACUUACUUGAUCCCUCCUUCGGAAGUUGAGUUGUUUAAGGACGAUGUUCGGCUGCGCCCAGGCACUCACAUCACCACUGAUGGCUCUCCCACUGCUGCUAGUGACCACUCUGCGUGCACGGAGAAUUGGAAGAUGGCCAAUACCAUAACUGAGAACACCAUCACUGUCUUUGAUCAGAUGGGAAUUUUCGUCAGCGCCUGUUGUCAUGGCAUUGUACAGACAUUGGUGGAGAUGCGUAAGAGUGGCGAACUUGCAAAAUAUGCGCUAGCCACCACAAACAAGGUUAAUGAUGUCUAUGGUCCAAAUGGUGCCACAGGCUAUGAUAUUGGGUGUUCAUACGGCAAAACUGUCACCGCCAGUUCGAUCUCAUUGAAGGCCAGUACUAAUCACCAUCGCUUCCUAGUCAAUUCAUUCCAUGGUCACGCUCACAAUCGACAAUGUCAACUACAAUUUCAUGCGCUCUAUCAGAAUGGUCUCGGCAUCGAAGACUUGGAAACUUGCGAACAAGUCUUCUCCACUUCUAAUGCCGUAGUGCCCGUCAUACAUCACACAUCAUACUUUCAUUGGUUACAGUUCAUCGAGCUUCAUUUUGACCAAUGGGACUCGGAUAAGUACUUGGAACUUAGUAAAUUCAUCUACAACAACUACAAGCAGGCACUCCAUAUUAUCAACAAGCUAACACCCGCAGUGCAAGAGCUCAAGGUGCAACUGGGGUUGAGUGACGCAGAUUUCGUAAAGUGGAAUGCCAAGGAAUUGGAGUACUUGCAGAGUCUCACAGUCGAGACUGAAGACGAUGUCGAGAAAAUGAUAUAUGUUGAAGCCCUGGAGACAUUGGCACGCUCGGAGCAAGUGUUUUUUUUUAAAAAAAAUUAUGCACAUGAAACUAAGUUUAAUCAAUGA